UGAUCUUAGAAAAUUAUUGCUUUAAGGAAACGAAGAACUAGUGCAAGAUGAAAAUUCAAAUCGGAUGUUAGGUGCAACAGUCGGAAUUCCCAUGAGUUUAGCUUUUGUUGUACUGGCUGUGGUGGUAGUGACAAUUGUCAUUCUUCGUAAAAGGAGACAAAAGCGCAUUCCUGGUAAAGAUGCUGAUGUCACUGAAGCUGACAAUACGAACGACAAAAAUAAAGAUGAUAUACCGAGCAUUCCAAAUAAAGACCCGGAACUUGUUCAGAGAACUGUGACUUUUGCUAAUGUAGCACCUGAAGAGAUUGAAUAUUAUGAUUUCGCUCCAAGGAAGGAAGAUAUCAAGAUACAUCAAAUAUGGGAUUACAUACAUGAUGGAAUGGCAGAUGACUGUAAACAAUUUUACAAAGAAUUUGAAGGUUUCAAGAAAGGCUUGCAACUUGAGUGCAAAUGUGCCAGAGAAUCACAGAACAAACUGAAAAAUAGAUAUAAAGAGGUCUAUGCUUAUGAUGAAAAUCGUGUUUGUUUGAAGCCAAAUGAUCAGUCUGAAGGUGAUUAUAUCAACGCGUCCUUUAUUGAUGGAUACGAGAAACUUGAAAAAUUUAUUGCCUCUCAAGGUCCCACAAAAGAAAUGGUUGAUGAUUUUUGGAGGAUGAUUUGGCAACAACGCUGCACAGAUAUUGUCAUGUUGACCAAUAUAUUUGAACUCGGUGUGCAAAAAUGUCUUCAAUAUUGGCCAAUGGAUGAUGAAUCCAUUUCAUUUGGGAAUAUUGCGGUGAAGCUUCUCAAAGAAGUAAAGUCCAGUGACUUUGUGAUUAGAAAUCUGGAAAUUAAUCACAAAGGCGAUGAAACCCGAAUAGUAAAACAGUAUCACUUCACAUCUUGGCCUGAUAAAACAACACCAGAUACAGCAUGGAGCCUUGUCAACUUCUGGAGAAUUGUCAGAGAGGGAACAAUAGAUGGAAAAUAUCCAAUAGUGGUACAUUGCAGUGCGGGAAUAGGACGUACCGGGACAUUUAUUGCCCUGGACAACCUGUAUAAUCAAGGUGUUACUGAAGGAAGUAUCAGACCAGCACAGAUGGUAGAAACGUUGCGAAGACAGAGAACUUCCAUGGUACAAACAAAGGAGCAGUAUGUAUACAUGCACGAGGCUGUAUCAGAAGCACUGUUAUUUGGGACUCAUUUUGUGAAGACAGACCAGUUUGAACACACGUAUAGUUAUCUGUUAGAGAAACAGAAGGGCAGUGAAAAAUCAAAUCUAGAGAUUCAGUUUGACCUCAUUGAAUCGAGUCUGAAUGACAGUGAACCAAUGGUGAAUAGUACACCAUCAGAAAGUAAUGCAGCUGAUGACAUCGGAAAGAAUAUUCCAGCGGAAACUGAGGCAGUGUAUACCAACGUUAGUGAAACAUUAAGCAUUAAGCCGAACAACCAAACAAACGAAGGAACAAAGCUGCAUAAAUUAUAUCUUAUAAACAAUCAGGAGAAACAAACGCUUCUUGUGAAAACAGUUCCAACUGAUUCAAACAUGACUGAAGUCUUUCUAAAUUUAAUAUUAUCUUCGAAUGUGACAACAGUCCUACAGUUACAGGAAGGCGCUCCUGGUUUAAUCACUGACAUGAACGUGGGUCACUUCGAUGUUAAAAUUUCCAACCAGACAAAGUUAGAAAACUGGAUGCGGAAAGAAUUUUCAAUUAUGAACACUGAGCAGAGCGGCAUAAAAGUAGCAAGAAAUAUACAGCAGUACGAAUAUUUUGACCGGAAGAAUGUAGAAAACACACCGAGAAAUGUGCUGUCAUUACUAGGCCUUUUGUCAGAUGUACACUCAAAGCAGCAUCAAAAUUGUGAUGGGGAAACAAUUUUAUUGGCUGAUAGCGGUUCCAGCAGAUGUGGAGUAGUGUGUGUUAUUCAGAAUGAACAAGCACGUAUGAGUAAAGAAGGCAAUGUGAACAUAAUAGAUUCGGUGAAAAACAUUCGCCAUCUGGACAGAGAUUCUGUGUCGACUUUGGAGCAGUACAAAUUCUGCUAUGAAGCGAUUCUAAGUACUAUACAGCAGAAUGAUAUUUAUCAAAAUGUGUUCUUAUAAUAGGUGUUUAAUAUGUUAGAAAUUCUUUGUAUCUCAUACUUUCUAUUAUGUAAAUAGAGACCAGUUUCAGAUCGAACUAUCCUUCUUCUGGUGCACAAUGUAAUGUGUACUUUUUAAUCUGAUGUUCACAUUUGAAGACAUUUUUGUGUCAUAAUAGAAUACAAACAGAAUUACUUUUGAUUUUAUGUCUUUUCAAACGUUUUUUGCGAAUUUUACACACUAUUCUCUAUGCAACGUAACUUGCAAUAUCAUUGUUUUACGUGCGACAUCGGAACGUCACUGCGUUUAUGGAAGUUUUGUUUUUCAGUCAGUGGGCUUCUAUGAGAAAAUUGCUCUUUUGAAAACAUUUUCGACCUUGGAAAAAAUCCCACAGUGUAGAAUUUAAUAGAAACUUUUCAUAGUUGUAGAAAAAAUUAUGGCCAAAAAUAUGCGUCGGUCCGGGUGCUUAAUUUUUCACAAUUCGCCAAAUAUCAAUUAGAGGCCUUUUAUUGCACCUUAUUUUUAAUAUUUUGUGUUAUCAUUGUAAACAAUUAAAAUCAAACCUACACAUUUUUUAAGAAUUCUACGUCCCAUGUAAGGCUCGAAACAAUACCGGUGACGGGCAAAUGCUUUAAAAUCGGUGAUCUUAAGCAUUAAGAAAUAGAGGCCCCUUUAUGGAAGAUAGAGCAUUAAAUUUGAAUAUUAAGUAAAUGUAUUUGAUCCCUGAAUGAUAACAGUGUUUAGAUAGAAAAUUCAUACUAUAUGAUGGUAAUUAUGUAAGAUAUACUUCAUUGUUAUAUAUAUUUCAGUAUUCCUUUCAUAAAACAGUCCACAACAAGUGCUCUCGUUUAGGACUGUACCUAUAGCAGCAUGAAGUGGGCGGAUAGAUCAGUGGUUUGCACACUGGCCUUCCAAUCCUGAGGUCGGGGGUUCGAUCCCCGGCAGCUACUCGGGAAUUUUCAGAAAUGCUUUUCAGUGUUUCCCACCCAGCUAGAGGUGUACUGGUCAGGAACUCAGGCAAUCCUUGCGUAUAUCAGUGAUAUACAGGCACGUUAAAGAACCAGGCUGUCUAUUCGCAACGAGCUAGGCUAAGUUAGCCGGACAAGCCUGUAUCUGAUUUCUGAUCUCUCUGUCGUGGGGGCUUUGUCUCACUCUGUCCCUCUGGUCAGAUCGCUCUGUGUCUGUACUAGCAGAGGAUGAAUUAUGCGCCCUGUGUGGCUGCAUUGAACUAUGUAAAGCGCAUUUGAACGUGAAAUUUAUCAUGAAAAGGGCGCUAUAUAUAUCUGGUAUAAUAAUAAUAAUAAUAAUAAUAAUAAUAUAAUGAAGAGCUUUGAAAAGUUAACUUGAAAAUAGCACGUUUUAUUCCCACAUAUCAAAAUUUAAGAUGGUACCCACAUACUUUCAUGUAACACUUACUGUGGACAGCGGGUAUUAAGUUGCAGUCAUAUAACCCGUCAUACGGAACGUUUCUGCCAUCAAGCUGUGCAUGUAGCAGGCAGACAAGUGCUUGAUGUUUGAUGCUUAAUAUCGACUUUUCGUGCCGAAUUAAAUGUUCAAAAGUUUUAAACCUUGACGUUUUGGAGGGCGAUGAUUUUUGCACAAUUUACAAAUAAUCCACCUCUCAUCUGGUUAAUAAUUUGAGAUUCUAGAAUGGCACUAAUUCGCGUUCAGAAUUCAAGCUUAAAGUUGAAAGGUUGAUGCUUCGCAUGAAGAUCAUGCAGAUUUAGAUUUACUCAUUCAAAGUUCAGAUUACUAGUAUAUCUUUGAAAAACACAAAAAAAUAAAUUACACAAGUAUAAUUUCACACACAUUCGGUACGUGAGGUUUGUACCAGAUAUAUUCCAUAUGAAGGAACAAGAAGAAGGAACAUUUUUAGAAAGGUUACUUAUUGUAAAUUUGAAUUAAAAAUAACAUUCAUCCCAGGGAAUAUUUACUUGUGCAACUAUACAAACACUCAAGUUUGCUGCACAGUAUGUAAUAAAAAUAAAAAAAUGAUUUAUGUACUUUGAAACUAAUAAUAUAUCAUCUUAUCUGUCAA